AUGCUACUUUUUUUUCAGGAACUAUUGAAGGUUCUUUAUGGAUCGCCGCUGGACCAUACCUUAAUUUUAGCGAGCUACUUAAUUGCGUUAGGUAUCAAAUGCUAUGUGGCCAUAGCUUACGGGCUGCCUAGAGGUCUCAGUAGUUAUGUUUUGGUUAAAAAUAAUGGUCGUAGGAUUGUAAUGGCCUCCGAUAUAGAAAAAACUGGGUUUUUUAAUAAAGAAGAAUAUGAUGUAUCCGUUUUCGACGCAGUUAAUGGUGAAAAACACGAUAUAAGGGAUGUCGGUUGUCCUCUGAAGACCGUUAAUUUUGUAUUUGAUCAUGAAAAUAUUUGGGUGAACAUACAAUCAUAUCAAGAUUGUGAGAAUUUAUCGUUCGAUUUUACGAAAACUUCUAACUGGCAAACGGUUUUUGAUAAAACUAUAUUUGUAUUAAAACAAACGGCUCUCACGUCUUACGCGUACAACCCACCGUCUGAUGUAGCAGACUUGAGAAAUAAUUUGGAAACUAAAAUUAAAGAAAAAAUACAGAAAUGGAGAUGGAAUGUCAAAACUGUGUGGAACAGGUAUUUAAGCAACAUUCUGCGAGAAUCUUUAACACAGUGGGAAUAUUGGAGUUUUAAUACAAAUGCCGUAAAACCAGCAUCCAGUGACACUUUGAGGCAAUUAAUGGCUUCGUAUAAGAUUUUUGGAUUCCCGAUAAAUAUACCCUACGUCAACACAAAAUCGGUGAUAUCAAGGGUAAAAUCUACAAUGUUACACGUGAACGACGACCCUAACGCCGAAUUCGGGUUGGCCGUAGAAGUGUACGCCUAUCCUAAUAAUGUUUUAAGUGUGUGGAUAUUUCUUGCCAGCAUGUCUAGAAUAUAACAUUUUAUUUUUAUAUUUUG